CGCAAGAGGCGGCAUCUGCGUGCGGCAUUAUCUUUGGUAAGAUGGGAUACUCGUGCUGUGAGAAAGGCUGUCAUACAGAUGGUAAAAAUGGCAGAAAGGUGGACUACAACAUGAGAUUUUUUUCGGUUUCCCACUUGAAAAAGAGGAUAUGGACAGCAGGUAGAGGAGGUACGGAUCUGCAUCAUGAACCGCAAGCGCCAGCUCUGCCCCCUGUGCCAUGCCCCCCGCUUUAACGUCUCAGUCCACCUCCGUAAUUUCCAUAAGAUGGACAGUAAGACGGAGAGGAAGCUCAUCAAUUCGGUGUCAUCGGGCAGGUUUGCCGGGCCGAUCAAUUGCCCAGUGGCCAACUGCCUGGCUACAAACCUUUCCCGCGUUGACCGACACUUGAGGCUGUGCCACCAGCUGCAGGGGGACGAGCUGAAGCGGCAGAUCACGGCUGCCAAAAGGAACGCGGCACGUCAGUCAUUGCAAGAAUUCAAAAGUCAGUACGCGGCUGAACGGGACGAAAUAAAAGACCUACAGCGGCGUAUUACAUACCUAGAGGAGCAAGUAGCGCAUUUAUUCCGUCAUCCAUCUUCAGCUGUGUCGCAGGCAUCCCACAAGCUGCUCUUCUCUGAUACAGUACUGGCCAAGUAUAGGGAGAGCAUGUUUCGGGUCGGUGCCUCGUCAAAAUACACGCAAAACCAAAAGCAAGAAUUGGCGUAUAUAAAAAUGUUUGUCAACUUCAUGUGGGACACUCCACAGUCCCCAGCAGCUGCCCAUUUAAAAUAUCUAUUAAACUUGUCCAAAGUCAAUGUCUGGCUGUCCAAUCUAAAUAAAAAAUUUAAGGUUGACACAAUGAAAAAUUACAUUCUGGCUGUGACUAAAUUUUGCCGCUUCUUGUGGGAUGCCCAGCUCUCCUGUGUCCAGCUGGGGCGACGAGAGAUCAACCGGCUCUUGCGGCAUUUCAAAUGCCAACUGAAAAUAUUGAGCAAGAGAGUGGUCAAGCGUAGGCAGCAGGUCAAAGACUGGAAGAUGCAGAGGAUGACGACCACCCCAAGGCGACGGAUAGCUGCUGUAAUUCUCUCCUCCUCGGAGGAGGAGGAGGCUGAGACACAGAAAGACCAGUCUGGCGAAGGCACGAGUGCUGCCCUCAGUGGUCGUGACACUGGGGAGAGUCAGGCAUCCGAGGGUGAAACCAGCGGAGUGCAGGUGCCACCCCAAACACCUGUGACAGAAGCUGGCAGUGUUGUGAUGGCUGGUGAGCCGGGGGCAGAUGAAGAAAAUGAAUUUACUGAGGAGGUGGAGUUCAAGUUAUUCUUGGACGAGGAAGAGGAGGUGGCGAAGGAGGAAGAGGAGGUGGCGGUGAAGGAGGAAGAGGAGGUGGCGGUGAAGGAGGAAGAGGAGGUGGCGGUGAAGGAGGAAGAGGAGGUGGCGGUGAAGGAGGAAGAGGAGGUGGCGGUGAAGGAUGAGGAACAGGUGUGCAAAUUGCCUAGAGUUCUACCAAAGUCAGUACCACGUUCUCGGACAUCGCUCCUUAGGAGGAAACUGACCUAUACCGACGCCUUCAAGGACAGGAUGAAAGCUAGAUUCCAACCAUAUUGGGGACGUCCAAUAAAAACAGGCGUGAUCCACAGAGUCCUGGCUGAGUCUCCCGGUCUUUUGCAAACAUGCAAGGACAUGAGUUUGACAAUUGACAAUGUCAGGGGCCUCUUAAAGCAGCUCCAGCAAGAAUGAAGAGGAUGUCAGUCCUUCACAUCUGUCAUCUGUAAGUUUAUUCUGUCUGCUGUGCGCAAUAUUUCCAUUUUUAGAUGUGCUCUCUUUAUUUGGUGGGUGUCAAAGUCAUGUUUUUGUGUCUCAGGUUAUUUCAGUUUAAGAGCUCCUGCAUUUUAUUUGGUUCAUUAAAAAAAAAAAGGGAAAAAAAGCUUGUUUUAGUUGCUGGGAGGUCAUUUUUUUUACAUUUAAAAAGAUGUACACUUUAUUUUCCCCACAAAUAAAAAUGUUUUUGUUUCAUUGGUGUCUCAAAGUUUUUUCCUUCUAAUCUCCUCUACCGGUCACUGUGCAUGCGGUCAUGGUAGGCUUGCUUUUAAACUGCUUGAUUCAACAGCAGGCUCUGAUUGCAAAGUGUCAAAACAACAGACUGAGACAUUUCGGCUUGCAAACGUGGAUUUUUUUUGGUCUUUGUUUCGGAUACUUAGACAUUACAGAUGUUAAACGUUGAACUUCGGGAUUUGUAGAUAUUAUGGCUUUUAAACGUGGAUUCCUUGGACUUUGUUCAGUAGUUAAAGCGUAUCUGGAUAUCCAUAGUGAUAUUAUAGAUUAUUCUGAACUCAUUGUUAAGUAGGCAUUAGUCUUUUGGUCAGAAUUAGUAAAGACGUAAUAAUUAUGUAAUAAUUGCAAAAAGUGAAUGUAGUACUACCACUUCUAUCGUGUUACUGUUGUGGUUGAUUCACCUUUGUCUGUUUAAAUUUUAGGCACGAGGGUGCAUCUGGGCCAGAUAUCAAGAUGUUGUGCUUUGAUGUUUUAAUGUUUGUGUAAAUAAAAGUUAGUUGAGUUUCAUCAGUGUCCAGUGGUACUUUAUCCAUCUUCUACAAGGGUAACUGGACAAGUGAUUGUCACCAAACUACGUGUCAAAAGUGUCAAAAUGACAGACUGAGAUAUUACAGCCUUUAAACGUGUACAUUUGGGGUUUUAAACCUUUAUAUUAUGGCUUUUUAGCAAACUUUGGCCAAUAUACUUGGACAUUACGGACUUCAAAGAUUAAAUCCUGGCUUUAAACGUGUUUUCAUGGAUUAAAACUAAUUCAUCAAGGGUGCUAACCUCCAAUUAUGUGACAAACGUUCACUGUGAUAAGCCUGACCGACUUUUUUUUUGUAGAUAUUAUGUAACUGCACAGUGCAAUUUUGUCCAGGGGCCUAAAUAGGGUUAGAAGAAGUAGCAUUUUCAGGCAUCAAAAUCUGUUUUUAUGACCGUUCAGCACCUCCAUAGGAUAGGAAUCCACAGUUUAGCCUGCUGUAGUAGCAUACUUUCUACUUUCCAACCGCCUUUUGUUUCACCCUAAGGCCCCAAAUUAGGGUUAGAAAAUGUAUGGCAUUUUCAGGCAUCAAAAUGUUCUUUUUAUGCACACAUUACACCAUUAUUGAUAUCACUUCACUGGCUCCCUGUACAUUCUCGAAUUGAGUUUAAGCUCUUAAUGUUUGUUUUUAAAUCUCUUUUAAAUGGCAUUGCUACACCGUAUCUAUCUGAUUUAUUAACCAUCAGGAGACACAGCAGAACCCUACGAUCAGCUGUCCAACUUCUUUUAGAAGUUCCAAGAUCUAAAUGCAAACAAUGAGGAGAUUUUCUGUAGCUGCACCCAGUCUCUGGAACAAACUACCCCCAGAGAUUCAUACCAUUUCUGGCUACAACCAUUUUAAGUCAAAACUGAAGAUUUAUUUUGGAAAUAUCGGAAAAUUUAAUAUUUAGUUGGGGGUGACAUUUUACUGUUUCAUGUACCCCAUGCUGUGUCUUUCGACAUUCUAUUGUGUUUUAUGUAUUGUGUUUCUCAUGUUUGUUGCAGUGUAUUUGUGGUACCGUAUUCUGUGUUUAUUUCACAGUUUUUAUUUUAAUUGUGGAGCGCCUUGGUCACUUUUGGUCUUGUAAAGCGUUAUAUAAAUAAAUGAUUGAUGAAGACUUCA